CGCGCUGGCCGCAUCUUCUUCGCGCAUCCGCAGCUUAUUUUCGAGUCGAGAGGAUCUUUGUUUUCGAGUUUCCGGCUGGUGUCGUGUUCACUGGACGACAUGUUGAACUUUAAGAUACUGCUGGGCUUGGCCCUGUGUGCGACGUUGGCCAGCUCGGCGCCGCAGCGUCUCGGUGGCGGAGGCGGCGGAGCCGAUAAGGACGCCGUCAUCACCUCCCAGCAGCUCGAAGUCAACUUCGACGGGAACUACGUCAACAACUUCGAGACGAGCAACGGCAUAAGCCACCAGGAAUCGGGAGGCCCGAAGGCGUCGGGUCCCGAGGGACCGGCGGUGGCCUCUCAGGGAGCGACGUCCUACACGGCGCCUAACGGCGAGGUCGUGAGCAUCCAGUUCCAAGCGGACGAGAACGGCUACGUGGCGCAGGGAUCUCACAUCCCCACCGCUCCACCAAUACCCCCGGAAAUCCUCCGAGCUCUCGAGUGGAACGCAGCCCACCCCGAGGAGGACAACAUCGACUCCGGACAGCCCAACAGGCCCGGACCUCGAGGUUAACCGCAGAGAGCUCGUACGCCAGCCCAUCGCCGCCAGUAUAACCGAGCCAAGGGGAUCCGAGUGAAAGAGACACCCGAGAGCAGCUUUGCCACCAUCGUCGAAGGAUAACGAGAGCGAGAACGCACCGGACACCCGCAGCUAUUUCAACGACAAUUAUCCACGCGCUCCUAUAUAGAUAACCGCCUAUAUAUACACACGAGUAGCGCAGCAGAAUACGCCAAUAAUAACCCGAGCAUAGAAAGCAAUAAACAAAAAAAAAUGAAGCAAAGUAUAAAGGUUCACCCCUACUACUACUACUACUACUCCCCCUCACGCAAUAUAUCGUAUAACAGUUACACGUACACUGCGCUGCGCAACAUGUAACAGUUUAUAUGCAAUGUAACGUCGAGUCGUGUAUGUAUACGUAUAUGCAUGGCGUAAAAAAAAGACAAUGGCAUGUAACUAUCGCUUGUGACUAUAUACCCGUACCAUGUAUUAUCUCUAUAAAAGAAAAACUAUACGCUAAAAUGCACUAUGAUAUAUGUAUGCUGUAUACGCGCAGAAGAAGAAGCUGAGGCGUCGAAGACACGCGUGCACUUUCAUCUUCCACAUCUGCCCUUCUUUCCCCCCGCUGCAUCGGCCAGACGAAAGAGGAUCAUGCAGAAUCACGUGGACGUACGUCCGAUCGUGGUGUAGAGCGACCGGACAACUGUAUAGGCCACGUUUUUCUGCGUACCCUUCGCUAUGUCUCUUGAAUACUUCUACCACUGUAAUAACGCAUAUCCCGCGAAAACGUAUGAAUGUAUACACAUUAUAUAUUGUCUUUGUGAUUUUUUUACAUAUGUAAAUAAAGAGUUCCGCCUG